AUGUCUGAUGUAAUAUUUCAACCAACGGAUAUCGUUCUCGCAAAAGUUAAGGGGUUUUCAGCGUGGCCGGCAAUGAUCAUCCCUAAUGAACUCAUACCUGAUAACAUCCUCAAGAACAAACCGAUGAGUGUGCACAAAGGCAAGUCAACCAGGGAUAAAGAAUUAGGAGUGGAUAUAGAUGCAGAGAUAGAAGGCCCAGAGCAAAGUGACGAAGAAGAAGUAGAGACUUUUGAUGACAGUGAGGUUAAUCCUGAGAAGUUUAUAAUUUACACUCCAGUUCUAAAGUUUCGUAAAAAUGAUGCACUAAAACCGGCUUAUUGUGUCAAGUUUUUUUGCGACGAUUCGUACAUCUGGGUAAAACCCACGGAUAUGAAGGUUCUAACAAAUGAAGAAUGUUGUCAGUGGCUAAGCGGCAAGCAACGGAAGAACAAGAAACUAAUACCGGCCUAUGAAAUGGCUCUGAGGGGAAAAGAUGGGAUUGAUAUUUGGGAGUUUGUGGAAUAUGGGUCUUAUGGUAAGCCAGAUGAAGAGGAAUAUGUAGAAGAAGAAGAAGAAGUGGAGGAGCGUAAAAAAAAGACAACAAGACCGACUAGAUCGUCCAGCAGACAGCGUCAGAAACGCACUUUCGAUAUAGAUAUAGAUGAAGGUGGUGAGGUAAACAAAAGGAAAAGAGUCACUAGGUCAACCAGGUCAACUAGACAACAAAUGGUCGAUGCUUCAGAAGGAGAUGAUGAUGAAGUUGAAGAUGAGGACGAGGACGAGGACGAUGAGGAAGUACGAGAGAUUGUUAGAAAAAGGCCUCAGAGGGUCAAAGCCAAGAAAGUAGUGGUGUCGAAGGCUAAACCUAAAUCAAAGGCAAAGCCUAAGAAAGAAAGGCCGAAGACACCUAAAAUAAUCAGGUAUCAUUUUGAGGAUGAUGAAGAUUGGACUAUUGUUGGCUUGGGUCCACAAGAUCUAUCAAUCGAGAAAACAAUGGAUCCGAUUGCGAAAAAAUUGUCACAGAAGAAAAACUUGGAAAAGCAUACAGAGAUUAAGUUGGAUUUGGAAGAUAAACUAGCGGGCAUCAACAAACUGUUAUGCGAUGUGUUAUUUUCAAAUAUCAACCAAGCUGUUUCUAUGAAGGACGACUUCGAAAUAAUACUAGACGAAUUACAAAUCGCUCUUGACACCAGGGGGUCCAAGAACGAAUUUAUAACAAUCUUCCAAUCGAAUAAUUCCCUACUGUUAAACUUUAGAAUAUUAUUCAACUUAAGGAAAAAGGAACUGAAUGAGUGGAAUUUAUGGGAUCGUUUCCAAAAUAUUUUUGAACAUAUUUAUUCUUAUCAGUUUACACCUGACACGAAAGAUUGGCAACUACAUCAAGACAUGGAAAUUCAACCAAUAGGGUUGGAAGGUUCGAGUUCCGAUGAACCUGUGAAGAAAGAGGAAAAUAAAGUAGGAGCAUAA